ACGAAUGUUAAAAUUGGAGGGAUCAUACUUCUUCUGAAAGAGCUUCUUUCUUGCUGGUUUGAGCUCCCAUCUGUAAUCCACGAUGUCGCGGGAAGAUGAACAUCUUGUAUAAUCCAAAACGGAAUGGUGGGAAGAUCCUUCUUUCAGAGUGCACCACUAAAUUGAGUCUGUAUUUGUAGUAGUUCAAUAUUACGUGGGUUUUCUAUCUUUUGGGCUCACUGAGUUGGAAUGAUUACAUCUGGAUUAUAAACUUCCCCAUUCUUUUUAGUUUUUAGGAAAGUAUGAGAGGAGUGCUUAUAAAUCCAUCUCCCACUCUGCUUUUAUCAAAUGAGUUGAAUUACCAGCAGGACUCAUAUUAUCCAGUUACUUAUGCACACAGGCUUUUACACCAGUGCAGAAAUGUUAAUUCAUUCCUGAAAUCACGUAUGAGAUGCUCGAUAAUAUAUCGGGGUAAUGUGAUUUCGAUGUUAUCUAUGAGUGUUCCACGAUUGAAUUUGGUGAUUCGGUCCACAAGGGCCAUGGAAUUUAGUACUGGUGUUGGAACCCUUUUGAACUGUGAAGAGGAUGAGGCAAUUGAACUGGUUACUGAUGAAGAAGGACUUGAAUCCUUUGAGUGGAAAUCACCUCCCUGGGGAGACAUUGUAAAGCAUGACGAGUCAAGCUUUCAAUCUGAAGAUACAAACCAACCCAGAAUGUUAGAAGCGGAGGCUUUUAUAAAUGGCAGCAAGGUGCAUUUUCUUGAGGAAACUGAUGAAGUUAUGCUAUCAAAGCGUAUUUUAAUUCUCAGUAGAAAAAACAAGGUCAGAAGUGCAAUGGAACUAUUUAGAUCCAUGCAAUUAGCAGGUCUUCUACCAAGUUUACAUGCUUUGAAUUCACUUUUAGCUUGUCUGUUGAGGAAUGAGCUAUUUGAUGAUGGCUUAAGAAUCUUUGCUCUUAUGAAAACGAACAAGUUAUCAACAGGGCACACUUACAGCCUUAUACUCAAAGCAGUUGCAGAUGCUCGUGGAUUUCUUUCUGCUCUUGAGAUGUUCAAGGCAUGGGAACAGGAAUAUGAUGUAAAACAUUUCGAUCCGAUUGUUUAUAACACGAUGAUAUCAGUCUGUGGAAAAGAGAAUAACUGGGUAGAAGCUGAGAGGACAUGGAGGCUAAUGGAGGCAAAUGGCUGUGGUGCAACGCGCAUAACUUAUUGCCUAUUGGUGAGUACUUUUGUCCGCUGUAAACAGAACGAACUUGCAAUUGACACAUAUGUAAAGAUGGUUCAAAAUCAUUUCAAACCAGGUAACGAUACCAUGCAAACCAUUAUUGGUGCAUCUUUAAAGGAAGGGAAGUGGGAUUUCGCUUUAAGAGUCUUUGAGGACAUGUUGAAAUGUGGACUCCAACCUAACUCUGUUGCAUUCAAUGCCUUGAUCCAUGCUCUAGGAAAAGCUAAGAAGGUCACUUUAGCUUUCAACGUGUACAAUAUGAUGAAAUCUAUGGGUCAUCCACCUGAUGCUUAUACAUGGAAUGCACUACUCGGUUCUCUUUAUGAGGCAAAUCGGUACAACGAUGCUAUUCGUCUCUUUGAGUUUGUGAAAAGAGAGGACAAGCCUCAACUGAACAUACAUGUUUACAAUACCAUUCUAAUGUCUUGUUCAAAGCUUGGGUUAUGGGACAGGACUAUCCAAAUUUUAUGGGAAAUGGAGGCUUCUGGUCUCUUAAUUUCAACAGCAUCUUAUAACAUUGUUAUUAGUGCCUGCGAGAUGGCCAGGAAGCCGAAAAUUGCAUUGCAAGUUUAUGAACGCAUGAUUCAUCAGAAGCACACUCCUGAUACCUUCACUCAUUUGUCACUUGUCAGAUGCUGCAUCUGGGGAUCUUUAUGGGAUGAAGUGGAAGUGCUUCUAAAUAAAUCUGCACCCAAUGUAUCUGUGUACAAUGCUGUAAUCCAAGGAAUGUGCUUAAGAGGCAAGACCGAUUUAGCAAAAAGGCUUUACUCGAAGAUGCGCGAAAACGGUAUCCAAGCCGAUGGAAAAACACGGGCUUUGAUGCUUCAAAACUUGCCAAAGGAUCCUGCUAGAUUCAACAACAGGUGGGCUUCUCGCUUCAGGAAAAGAAACAGACACUAUCAUCACUACAGUUGGCUUCUCAAAACUUAUUUUCUCUAAGGAGCAUGGAUACAGAUACGAGACAAAGAUAUGACACAACACGGAGAUAGUGACACGUUAUUUUCUAAAUAUUUGGGACACGAACACUGAAAGGACAUGUUUAUUAAAAUAUACAAUUUUUUUAAGUAUAUGUCAUUUUUAUACCCGGA